AGAAGAAAGAAAGAAAGAAAGAAAAAGAAAGAAAGAAAGAAAGAAAGAAAGAAAGAAGGUCUAUUUCCUUCUUUGAGUGUCUCUCAUGGCUGUUUCAUUCCCACCAUCAUAAAGAUGCAAGAGAUACCUAAUCAUGAAACAGAUGGAUACUGCCCCCACGAACAAAUCAGCCAUGGAAAUAAACACCAAACCACCAGAGGAGAAAACUACCAAUGAACUACCAUUAAAGCAAAAAACAACUGGCCAUCAAGGAAUCAAGGUUUUCCUUGCUGCCCUGGCAUUUUCAUAUUUUAGUAAAGCGUAUGCUGGGGCCACGAUGAAAAGUACCAUCACACAACUGGAAAGGCGAUUUGGCAUUCCAUCUUCAACAGCUGGCUUCAUCGACGGAAGCUUUGAAAUAGAUACAAUAACUAUCAGUCCAACUGAUUCACGUUGGGUUGGUGCAUGGUGGAUGGGCUUUUUAAUUGCCGGGGUCCUCGCUCUGAUUUCCGGAAUCCCUUUCUUGUUCCUGCCUAAAAGUCUGGACAAAAUGGAGAAUGCUUGUAUCCAGAAAAGCUUGGAUCCCAUGGAAAGCAACACUGAAAGUAGCCAUGAACAGAAGCCUGAUAUUCAAGGUGGAAUGGCAGACUCUGGACAACUAAAUGAGUUCUUCAAGUCCCUGAAGAGGAUUUUGGGGAACAAAUUGUAUUUAAUACUAUUGUCCUCAUCGCUGCUGAAAGCUAGCAGUUUUAUUGGUUACAUGACCUACCAAGCAAAAUACAUGGAGCAGCAAUAUGGACUGACAAUGUCAAGAUCUAAUUUUAUAACAGCUGUUGCCAUUCUGCCAGUGGUCCUCGUUGGGAUGAUUUUAGGUGGGUUCAUCAUGAAAAAGUACAAGCUAGGAAUACUUUCUGCUAUAAAAAUGACAUACAUAGCAUCGUUCCUCGGAUUUGCCUUUUCGAUUCUGUAUCCAAUGCUGGGUUGUGACAACCACCCAGUGGCUGGAUUGACGGUGACCUAUGACGG